AUUUCGUAAUGUAAAAAAAACAACAAUAUAUCCAUUAAUCGUCAGAAACAGAAACAAAUCUCGCCAGCUAGGAUGUUAUAAAACCAUACGACCAAGAAAAACAAAAAACUAGAGGAAGAAAACAAAAAACCUUAAAACACUUAAAAAUAAAAAGACACACACUCGCUGUCAGAAAUCUACAUCGAGAAACACACACUGCUUAGUGCUUACACACACAUAAUUCCUGAAAAACACCACAGAGAAAACGAAGAAUACUAUGGUGGCCGAGGAUGAUGAUCGUAUACUGUGGGAUUGUGGAAGUCCACUCUACGAUUCCUACGAGCUCGUCUCUCUUACUCACAUCAUCGAACGCCAUUUCAUGUCUCUCCCUUCUCUCGCCGGCACCGGCAAAAUGUAUUGUUCUCGAACGCCGUCCGAUCUGGGGGAAAAGUCGAAUCGCACCGCCAGCGCCGUGGUGGAUCUCUGCUGCUCCUCUGAUUCCACGGCUCGUAAAUUAAUGUGGGGUGUCUUCCGGACCAAGUGGUGGAAGAGAGCCAAAAACGCCGAAGAAGUCGUCGAUGAUUACAAUAAGAAGAAGAAGAAGAGGAUGUUUUGUCGGAUCCUCUCUGGCAUAAGGGUUCCUACUCCUACAACAAGAUCUCCUUCUUCGAAGAUGUGAUUUUCCUUUCUCCUUUUUUUUUGUUUUUUAUAUACUUUGCUCGCUCUUCAUUCACAAGAUAUAGUAAUAAUUACUUGUUCAUGUCAUGUGUAAUAUUUUGAAAUUAAAUCGAAUAAACUGUACUGAAAACGGGAUAUACAUUUUAAUUGAUUCA